GAGCGCUCUCGCCUUUUUACGCUCCACCUUACUCCUUUGCUCGCCAUCGCCUCUGGCUCAGCCUCUGAUGCUUCUCAACUAGUCUCUUCAGAAAGUUCGGGCCGGGUCAGAACAUUGGAUUUUGGUGGCGAUUGGACGAUUGUUGACUCCGCAGGAGAGACGGACACUGAGGUCCCCAUAGAUGAUACCAGCAGCACUUCUUAUGCGAGAUCUGAGGAUACCAACAUUGGGGGUGACCACGAUGUUGAUAAAGAGGCAAAUAUCGAAGGAAGUAGCCAAAUUGGCAAGUUACCGCUGUCUAGUCUCAGCAGCCUAUCUUCCGAUGGUAUCGAAUCAGACUAUCUCAAGCGGUUGAAGUGUUUGCUCAACAGUCUUGAUGAGUGUUUGGCUCCGCGUGACCUCGCUAGCCUCAUAGGCCAGCUUCGCCUUGAUGAGCUGAUCCGUCUGGCUGGACUGGAUCCCAAACCUGUAAAGUUAGAGGGUAUCCCAUCAGCUGGGAUAAUGACCUAUCUGGCGUUUGCAAAUCGUCUUCUUGGUAUAAUGGAAACAGCUUCGGAGCAAUUCGAUGGAUACUCCACAGAACGACUUCACGCCUGCAACCCAGGUGGUUGGCGUUUUCUGGUGAAGCGCUUGAUCUAUUUACUCGAGUAA